AUGAGCACGGGACCAGCUCCAGCUGCUGGUACCAGGGACGACCUUAACACUAUUGAUAUGGAGGACGACAAGAGGGACCUCAUUUCCAGAGAAAUUAGUAAAUUUCGAGACACCCACAAGAAACUAGAAGAAGAGAAGGACAAGAGGGAGAAGGAGCGGCUGGAGUUUGAGCGGGAACGCAGGGAUCGGGAAAAAGAGCGGGAGCGGGAAAGAGAGCGACGGGACCGCGAGAGGGAGAAGGAACGAGAGAGGGAACAGGAGAGGGAAAAACAGCGAGAGCGGGAGAGAGACAGAGAUAAAGACCGCGAGCGACGGCCCCGAGAGAGAGAGCGAGAAAGAGACUGGGAGAGGGACAGGACCCGGGACAUGACCCGAGACAUGACCCGGGACAUGACCCGGGACAUGACCCGGGACAUGACCCCCGAACGCAGCCGAUCCAGAGAGGUUAGUCGAGACAGAGACAAGAAACGAGACCAAGAAGAUGAAGAGGAGGCGUAUGACCGCAGGAAGCUGGAGAGGAAACUCAGAGACAAGGAAGCGGCCUAUCAGGAGCGACUAAAAAACUGGGAGCUCAGAGAGAGGAAGAAGGCUCGGGAUUACGCCAAGGAGGCCGAGAGGGACGAUGAGCGCAGACGAGAAAUGGUGAAGGAGGGCAAACGGUUGAAAGAGUUUCUUGAAGACUAUGAUGAUGACAGAGAUGACCCCAAGUACUACAGGAUGGAGGAGGAAGAGGAGGAGCGUCGGAGACAACCUCCCAUCAUACCCGAGCCGGAGCCCGAGGAGGAACGUAAACGCCACAAAGGUUCACGAGAACACCGGGACCGCCGACACGAGCAGCCCCGGCCAGAACCCGCCGCACGGCCCCCCGUCCAGUCAGACAAUGAGGUGGAGGAGGGGGAGGAGGAAGAGGAGUUUGAAAAUGACGAAGAAAACCCCGAUGUCAAACCGUGUUUGAAGCCUACGAUGCGGCCCAUCACAACAGCACCCUCGGUUUCUUCUGCCAGUGGCGGCGCGUCCCCAAACUCACCGGGGGACGAGUCUCCCUGCGGCAUCAUCAUCCCCCACGAGAACUCCCCCCCCGACGCCCUGCCGCAGGAGGAGAACCGGCCCAAGAUCGGCCUCAGCCUCAAAAUGGGUGCCUCAGGAAGCCCCAGUCAACCCAACGUCAUCAAGAGAAAGAAGCUGCCCGGGGACAGCGUCUUCGACAAGUUUGAUGAUGAAGAGACCAACGAGCAGCCUCGCAAGAGGAAGCUGGUUCCCCUGGACUACGACGACGAUAAGAGCCUGGGGGUGGACGGGGCAUCCAGCAUAAAGGGGGCCAACACCGAGGAGAAACGUAAAAACAUCAAGACCCUGAUAGAGAAGAUCCCCACAGCCAAGCCCGAGCUGUUCUCCUACCCUCUGGACUGGACUAUGGUCGACACGACGUUAAUGGACCGUCGUGUUCGGCCGUGGAUCAAUAAAAAGAUUAUUGAGUACAUUGGAGAGGAAGAAGCGACACUCGUGGACUUUGUCUGCACCAAGGUGAUGGCUCACAGUAUGCCACAGAGUAUCUUGGAUGAUGUUGCUAUGGUUCUUGACGAAGAAGCAGAGGUCUUUAUCGUGAAGAUGUGGAGGUUACUCAUUUACGAAACCGAAGCCAAGAAGAUUGGAUUGGUGAAAUGAGUGAAACCCCUGAAUGAAGAUCAACUGUUUGUUUUUUUCAUACAUUGUGUAUAAUAGUGUAGCAUAAUUAUGUCACCCCAGGACGAACGGUAAAAUGCAGAUUCUGCUGAUUCUCACACCAGAUGUUCAGCUCCACCCUCUCCCCUCUCCGUCUGCAGGUGCUGACUGUGUCGGUGUGCUUUUGUGUAAAUACAGUACGUCAUUAUUUCAUUAUGGUUCAAAUGUAAAAUGCUACCAGGUAGGAACAUUGUUUUGCGCUGACUUAUUGUGUUUGUAUACAUGCCAACACACUUUGUGGAAAUACUCGUGUGCAGAAUUAGUUCCCGUUACAUUUUUUCUGUUGUCUUUAGGGGGUUGGAAUCUGGCUUGCAGUUGAAUGUGGGUUGGUUAAUUGGAUUUUGAUUAUGAAUACGUUAAGAGCGAUCUUUUUUUACAGCGUUAUUUAUUCAGGGUUUUGGACACAACUUACAUUUAUUCCUUAAAAGUAAAUAGAUUUUUCCUCUUCAUUUUCACUUAUUACAUUCCUGAUAAUUGUGUUGGCAUGUUGUCAGACCACCUCAGAAACGUAGUCAUUUGAAGUGUCUGCUGAUAACCCACAUAUCUCAUGAUGACACCCUGCAGCUGUAGAAGCACACGUCAUAACCACUACAGGAAAAUGAGCUGAGAAUGGGGAAAUGAGUCGAAGUUGUGAAGAUGCUCUCCAUUUGUUUUUGUUUUGUAUUGGUGAACAUUUGAAUAAAAUUGAUUUUUUAUAAUA